AUGGAUCCAGUCUUCAAUGACAGAACCCAGUUCCCAUCAUUCUACAGGACUGUCCCCAAUGAGGAGGCAGAAAUCGAUGGGAUUGUGCAGAUACUGAAGCACUUUGGCUGGAAAUGGGUCGGACUCAUUAUAUCAAAUGAUGACACUGGAUACAGAGCUCGGGAAAGGAUAAUUAAGGCACUUGCUGAUAUUGGGGGAUGUUUGGCCUUCUCUGCUGUAAUUAAAAAGCAAAACAUAGAUUAUGACUAUUAUGUGAUUACUGGAACCAUUAUGGAGACCUCCGCUAAGGUUAUUGUUGUGUUUUUAACCACAAAGUUUACUUCCACCUUUGCAGAGUAUUUUUGCAUUCAAAAAAUGCCAAAAAAAGUUUGGAUCAUGACAUCCUUCUUCCCCAGUCUUAUGUUUUUUAGACAAAAUGAACUAGGAAUAACAUUUAACGGCUCUCUGUCAUUGUUAAUCCAGGAAGGAGACAUCCCCGGCUUUCAACAUUUUAUCAACACUUUUUCUCUAAAAAGCUAUCCCAAAGACUACUAUAUAAAAUUUGCCUGGGUGGGCUUUUUUAAAUGUUCUCUUAAAAACUGUACAGGAAAUGAAUCCCUCCUCGAUGCAGAUUUGUUUGUGUAUGGGACCACCAAUUACAGAGUCACUUAUAGAGUUUACACCGCAGUCUAUGCACUGGCGCAUGCCCUGCACAAUCUCUACUCUGCUCAGCCACCAGCCAAUCACUGGGAAAGAUCAGAAUACCUGAAAAGGAAAGUGAAGCCCUGGAAGAUAAAUAAUUAUCUACGCAGAGCAAUUUUCACUAUGUCUUCUGGUGACACCCAAUAUUUUGAUGAACAUGGAGACCCACCAGCCCGUUUUGACAUUAAUAAGUGGCUUUUCUUACCAAAUAAUCUGAUUAAUAUAAGAAAGGUGGGAUAUUUUAAUGUGUCAAAGAAUGAGAGAUAUUUACACAUCAACAACAACGCUGAUUUGUGGAAACCAUACUUCAAUAUGGCACCCGAGUCUCUGUGUAAUGCAGCCUGUGCCCCAGGAUACAGGAAGUCUAAAAUAGAAGGGAAGCCAUUAUGUUAUUACACCUGUGUCCAGUGUUCAGAUGGAGAGAUGUCUAACACCACAGAUGCAGUGACCUGUGUGAAAUGUUCUGAUGAUCAGACGUCAAAUAGGCAGAAAACAGACUGUGUCCCUAAAGUUAUAAACUACCUUUCUUAUAUGGACACCAUGGGGGGCAGUUUAACUUCUAUUGCCUUCAUCCUCUUCAUCACAACUUCUACAGUUUUGGGAAUCUUUGUGAAACAUUGGGACACUCCUAUUGUAAAAGCCAAUAACCAAAAUCUCAGCUGUAUCCUCCUCAUCUCUCUCAUGUUGUGUUUCCUCUGCACCUUAUUAUUUAUUGGCCGCCCAACAAAAAUAUGUUGUCUCCUUCGACAAGUAACAUUUGGGAUUGUAUUCACCAUUUCUGUCUCAUGUUUGUUGGCUAAAACUCUCACAGUUAUUAUUGCCUUCAAUGCCACAAAACCUGGGAGCAAGCUGAAGAAGUAUGUAGGAACCCAACUGUCCAUAAUAUUAGUCAUUGUAUGUUCUUUGGGUGAGACUGUGAUCUCUGCUGCAUGGAUGGCCUCCAAUCCUCCAUUUCAAGAGGUUGAUAAAACUGAAACUGACACCAUUAUCCUGCUGUGUAAUGAAGGCUCUGUCACUUUCUUAUUUUCUAUAAUUGGAUAUAUGGGAUCCUUGGCCCUACUGAGUUUCAUUGCUGCAUUUCUAGCCAAAGAUUUCCCUGACCGAUUUAAUGAGGCUAAAAACAUCACUUUCAGUAUGUUGGUGUUCUGUAGCGUGUGGGUGACAUUUGUCCCUGCAUACCUGAGCAGUAAGGGGAGUAGAAUGGUGGCAGUUGAGAUAUUUGCCAUUUUAUCUUCCAGUGCUGGAUUAUUAGGCUUUAUAUUUGCCCCUAAGUGUUACAUUAUAUUUCUCAGGCCUGAACUGAACACGAGAGUAGCUGCUAAAUGA